AUGACCGAUAAAAUUGAGGUUCAAACUCCUGUCACUAAGGAAGCGAAAACAGAAGACGGUAAAAACGAAGAAAUUGAAAAAGCUUUAGUUGACCCAACAAAGAAAAGAAAAGCUGAAGAUGAAAUUGAAAUCGAUUUGUCCAGUUCGAUCCCUUUAUCUAAGAAACAAAAACGUUUGUUGAGAAGAGGUAAAAUUACAUUGGAAGAAUUAAAUGCCAAAUAUAAUAUUGAUCCUUCCUCUAUUGAAGAAUAUAAGAAUGAAUCUGAAUCAAAGAAAAAUGUUAACAACGUGGGUGACCAAGCUAAGAAUGACAAUGGUGAUGAUGAGGAAGAGGACAAACCAAAGACUAAGAAAAGUGAAAAGGAAAGGAAGUUCAGCGUAUGGAUUGGUAAUUUAUCAUUCGAUACUACUAAAGAAGAAAUCAUAAAAUUUUUUGUAGCUAAGACAAAAUCUGAAGAUAAUGAGGCUUCCCAGGUCACUGAAAAUGAUAUUAUUAGAGUUAAUAUGCCACUAGCUAAGAAUGAUGGUAAGAAAAUCAAGAACAAAGGGUUUUGUUACAUGGACUUUAAAACAAAAGAACAAUUGGAUUCGAUCGUAAAAUUAAGUGAAAAUCAAUUGAAUGGUAGAAACCUGUUGAUUAAGAACUCAAAGGAUUAUGAUGGUAGACCGGACAAGAAUGACUUGGUUUCAAUGUCGAAGAAUCCUCCAUCAAGAAUUUUGUUCGUGGGGAAUCUAUCAUUCGAUACCACAGACGAACUAUUAAGGAAGCAUUUUCAACAUUGUGGUGAAAUAAUUAAAAUACGUAUGGCUACUUUCGAAGAUAGUGGUAAAUGUAAAGGUUUCGCCUUUGUUGAUUUCAAGAAUGAAGAGGGCGCAACUAAUGCCUUAAAGGAUAAAACUUGUAGAAAGAUCGCAGGUAGACCACUUAGAAUGGAAUUUGGUGAAGAUAGAAGUAAAAGACAAGUUAGAAGAAAACCAGACCAAGAGCAAAAACGUACUAUCGAUAUUCCAAAUAAAGAUCCUCAGCUUCAACAACGAGAAAAUAAUCCAGCAAAAUUUAGGACAAGAAAAACUCCAGCUCCACAUCGUAACACAGUUGAUUCUAAUAACAGAAUUAAAAGUAGUAUUGCUUUAAGGUCGGCACAAAGAGCGUCUGCUGCAAUUGUCCCAUCUCAAGGUAAGAAAAUGAAGUUCGAUUAG